CUCUCAGCCCUAAUAGCUUCUAUAUGACCAUGGUUGAUAUGAGAAGCUCAAUACCAAUGGCGACCAGCUUGGAGAAGCCUGAUGCAGUACUGCAAGAAGAGAAGAAGGUGAUGAAAUCAAAUGGUGAUGAAGAUGGAAUUCUCUUAGGAACCACCAAGGGAGUAGAUGUGAUGGUGCAUGUUAAACAAGAAGAGAAAAGCAGAAAGCGGCCUUCUUCUAUGGAUGAUCAGCUUAGAUCAGCCAAAGCUGAAAUUGGCGAGGUUAGAGAAGAGAACGAAAGGUUAAAGCAGUUACUAUCCAAGAUGUUGAAGGACUACCAGUCCCUAGAGAAACAUUUUCGUGAAGUUGUUCAAGAAGAAGAAGCAAACAAAUCCACCAAAAUAACGCCUAUCUAUCAAGAGAAUGAAGAAUCUGAACUUGUGUCCCUCAGCCUUGGGAGAAGUUCCAGUACUGAACCCAAAAAGGAAGAGAAAAAGAGCAGCAAUUUAACUGAUGAGAAUGAGGAUAAUGAGGAAUUGAAUAAUAAAGGACUUUCACUUGGUUUGGACUGCAAAUUUGAACUAGAUUCAUCUGUAACUAUGAAGAAUCCCAGUUCUGAGAAUAGCUUUGAUGAUGAAGAAGCUAAGGAAGAGGAAGCAACUGAAACAUGGCCACCAAGCAAAAUGUUAAAGACAACGAUAAGUGCAGGUGAUGAAGUAUUGCAACAAACCCAGACGAAGAAAACUAGGGUUUCAGUCAGAGCCAGAUGUGACACUCCAACGAUGAAUGAUGGAUGUCAAUGGAGAAAAUAUGGGCAAAAAAUAGCGAAAGGGAAUCCAUGCCCACGGGCAUACUAUCGUUGCACAGUCUCGCCAACUUGCCCAGUGAGAAAACAGGUGCAAAGAUGCGCUGAGGACAUGUCAAUCUUGAUCACCACAUAUGAAGGAACACAUAACCACCCUCUUCCACUUUCAGCCACAGCAAUGGCCUCCACCACUUCUGCAGCUGCAUCUAUGCUUCAGUCACGCUCAUCGUCCUCACAGCCAGGGCUAGGAACCUCAGUUUCUGCCCCUGCUUCUAUGUCCACCGCCAAUGGACUAAACUUCACUGUCUCUCAGAAUAAUGCGAUAAGACCACAUCAAAUCUAUUUCCCAAACUCUUCAUCCUCAGCUUCCACUUCACACCCCACCAUUACUCUUGAUCUCACAGCACCAACCAGCACCUCUCACUUCAAUAGAUUUCCUAUGAGAUACUCAGCAACAUGUCUAAACUUUUCUUCUUCAGCAUCUUCUACUUCUUUAGAGCCCAACAGUGCGCUGCAAACAUUAUGGAAUCCAGGCUACUCUACUUACGACACAUUAUCUCACAGUAGGAACAAUAUAAUUGGGUCCUUGAAUAACAUUGGGAAGCAACCACCUCAAGAUCAUUUGUACCAGCCCCAGAUGCAAAUGAACCGCCAGACUGCAGCUACCUCGCAACAGUCUUUGACAGAGACAAUUGCAGCAGCAACCAAGGUGAUUGCUUUAGAUCCCAAUUUCCGUUCAGCCUUGGCAGCUGCAAUCACAACAUUUGUUGGUAAUGGUGGAAGUGCGGUUAGAGAAAAUCCUGGUGGGGGUGAGCAUUCUGCAGGCCUGAACUCGAAGUUGGGUGACUCGCUUACGUUUAACACACUCUACCCAAGUAGCAAUGGUGGGAUAGGGUGUGCUUCAAGCUACUUGAAUAAGUCUCCUCCUACUCAACAACAAGGGAGCUUGGUUUCAUUUCCUCCUCCAUUCCCAUUUUCUGCUUCCAAGAGUGCUUCUGGGUCUCCUGCUAGUAGUAGGGACUAUAACAAGGGAUGAGCGAGGUACAAAGAUGCAAAUUUUAGUACCACCAUUUCUUUUUUUCUUUUUUCGAAAGAUAGAAACAACGGAUUCACAAUAAAAUAUUAUUUCAUUUUGUUUAGCUAGUUAGUUUAUAUGUAUAUUUUUAGCAAAAAAAAAAAGAUUAAGGGAUGUUGUAUAGAAAUAUUUUUGUUAUGAAUUCCAAGCACAAUUUGUAAUUA